AUGGCUGGUAGACGCAUCGAAAGGUCUGAAGAUCCGGGCCAAGGCGGAGAUGAGUUAUUCUGUGCGGUGAUGAACCCUCAGACGGGGAAUUUUAUCGACCUGUCACAUCUAUCAACGACACCCAACAACCUUAAAAAGGGUGACUCGCAAAAUCACAAGAGCCGCAAGGACUGGGAGAAAACGCGGUGGCUGGUGAAGCCACGCGAGCUGAAUCUCAAUUUCACCCUAGGCAUAUGCUCUAGCCCCACCAUCGAGGGAGAUUCAGUGCUCAACACCACGGGCGGGUACUACGUGGAUCCAGAAUCCAACAGGGAAGUGUCAAUUGGCGAUUUCACCACCAGACCGCGCUUCAUGGGCAAGAAACUGACGCUGACAUACGAAAAUGGCGACGUCUGUCCGAACGGGGUGGACAGGCGAGCGACGCUCUUCAAUUUCGUUUGCGACAAAGAGAUUCAGACCAAAGCCCAGAUAAACUAUGUGGGGUCCUUACACAACUGCUCGUACUUCUUCGAAGUGCGGAGCAUCUACGCCUGCCCCACGUCGCACAAGAGCAAUGACGUUAACGUGCUGGGCAUUUUUUUCGGCAUUUUCUUUGUCUUCUUCCUCGUCGAAUGGGGCAGACGCUGGUUUUACGGAAGAGUCAGGGCCAGGCUGCGGUAUGACAGCAGCGGUGUGUUCCCAAGCACGCGGCCCCACUGGGACACAAUCGAAAGCCCCUCGAGAUGGAGGCGGUGGCUGAAACGGCUGGUUCAUGUUGGGGGGCCGGCCAGCGCCGCGGGGAUCAAACUGAGCAACUCUUCCCCGUACCGGAACGCCAGCACAGACUCGCUGGCUCGAGACAUCGAGGCCCAAAACCGCCUUCUCGACAACCUAGACGCGACCAGCUCGCAUUCCGACCCUUACCGCGAGUGA